UGCUGUGGUGUUCCUCUGUUUGGGUGAGUGCUUAAAGCCUUCUGAAGUUGUGUGGUGACACUCUGUGUGUGGUGGCCACCUUGGCUGUGACACAGGACAGCAGCCACCAGGGAUGGGUUUCCCUUUGGAGCGUCUCCUGAGGGUACCAGGAUCCGGUGCCUCAGACUGUAGAACAGAGAAUCCAUGGACCAAACCACUGUGGAAGAGGCUGGAAACCAGAAAUUGAGCCAAGAAAUUCACUUUUCAUGGGAGGUGCGAGUGAGAGCCGGCAGUAGCUGAGCACGGAGGGCGCCAAGGUCUGGAGGAUGCGGCAGAGCCCUGGUGGCCCUCGGGACCCGCCCGCAGCCCGGCCCUGGGGAGCUGCUGCCCCUCUGCCGGUGCCCAUCGGAGGGGGACCAUGCCCAUGACCGGGGCACGGCAGCUCGCAGCGGGACGGGAACGGGACAGCGGGGCUCUCUAGCCUUGUCCCCUCCUCGGUAUCAUGACUGGAGAGACCCAGCAUGUUUACACCAUCGGCGAUACUGAGGCCGGCCCCAAGGAGCCCGACAAGGACUUUGGCUGUGAAGGCUGCGGGGACAAAGAUGGCAGGGCGCUGGGCGGGGAGGGGACAUCCCCCUUCCCCAAGGACAAGGAGCCCCACAGCCAGCGGGAAGCCGUGAUCCGGCCGCAGCAAGCGGGGAAGAUCGACUUCAAAUCCCUGCAGUGCAAGCCCAAGCUCGGCAAUGACAGCACCUGGGGAGAGGUCAAGGGCAGCCCGCUGUCCCCGCUGUCCCCGCCGGGGAAGGGCCGGGCCCGGGAGCGCGGCCGGCGCUCGGCCAAGGGCGAGCGGGGCCAUCAGCAGCUCUACCGGCUCAGCAUCGCCGGCACGCGGCCCAGCCCCACCAUCGGCAUCGCCUACCCGCAGCAGAAGGUGACACCCCCAAAGAAGCCGGAGGUGCUGACCCCCACGGCCGGCAGCUACCGCUUCCACGUGCCCGGCAUCGCCCAGCGCGACGCCGAGCUCCGGCCGGAGGAAAUCGCCUUCGGCCGCUGCUUCCCCGACACCGCCAGCAGCCGGACCUCCGCCAGUUAUACCUCACAGCCCGGCCCCAAGGGGCAGCCCCCCACCGCUGGCGUCCCCCUCAAGAGCCCCAGCACCCAUGGGCAGCUACAUUAUUUAGAGUUCCAGGCAAACCGGGCCGAGUCCUGGCCUUCCCCGGAGAAGAGCUUUGCCGGUGCUACCUACGGGAUCUCGGUGCAGAAGCCCAGCUCCUUCUCCGAGGGUGGCAAAGCCGCUGUGCACGGCCUGGGGGCUUUGCCGUGCCAGUUCCCCUUCCAGCUGCUGCACGAGGCGGGCAAGGAGCAGUUCCACAGCAGCCAGGAGUACCUGGACGUGGGAAUGGCCGCCACCGCCCAGCUGGCUCCCGCUGCCUUCGCCUUCCACUCGUCCCCCCGAGAGUGGCCGGAGGAGCCGCUGGGCGGAGGCUCCUACGAGAGCGUGUCCCCCGAGGGGAGGCUCUACGGGCUGCCCGCACCGCCACCGCCGCCCUUCCUGCACCCGCCGCCCCCUCCGGCCCUGCACCACGGCCCCUUGCCCUGCUGCAAGGGCAGGGCCGAGCAUCCCGCCGAGCCCACUGGUGCUCUCCCUUCGUCUGGUGCUAUCGACCAAAACCCAAGCACUUUCCAAGAAAACCAAGGUGUUUUUCCGUCUAGUUUACACUCGCCUACCAUGCCAAAGCCGGUGGGGAAGAGGCAAGCCUCGGCCAAGGACGGCGUCCCCGGCCCGCGGCUGCUGGCGCAGAGCAGCCCCCUGAGAAGGAGCGUGCCACCAAAGUCCCUGUCCCAAGUGCACUUUCAGAGCAAGGCCUAUUGCAGCUCCCCCGCGGGAGCCGUGCCUUUUGAGACGAGCGUUCCCACUACGGCACCCACCCACCCCCGGCUUGUGCAAGCUUGGGAAGGUGCCACGAAGGCGUUUUCUCCCAUGGACCAGAAUUCAGCACCUUAUUCAAACCCUGUUGGAAACCAGUUCUCAUUCGAGUGCCAGUCUGGCCCCGAGCAGAGGCAGCACAGGCAGAAAAAUGCCAGGCUGCCUUGGCAGCAGAUGCACCUCCCUCCUGCAGUGCCCGGUGCCAACAGGCUGGAGCUGUCGAGACACAUCAGCAGCCAGAAGCUCCCCUUCCCCCUGGGCACGUCGGACUGGCAGGGCAGCGGGAAAGCCCAGAAAGGGCCCCCCAUAAGCAAUUCUCCAGGGUACCACAGCAAAAAGCUGUUAUCAGGAGAGAGCCUGCAGAGGGGAGAUCCCAGCGUGACAGGAGCUUUCUCCUUUGAGAAUGGGAAGGAACCAGGGUCUCCUGCCUGCGACUCGAGAAGCAAAGCCCUGUUCUACACUAUGGCUCCAGCAGCUCCUCCUCCCUCAAGGAGCUCGUCGGGCUCAGGGCUGGUCCUGCCACCAUCAGCCUUGGCAGCUGCCUCCCCUUGCGAGUCCCCACUGCCGUCCCCUGUCCCCAACCCCACGUGUGGCAGCACCUGCUCAUCGCUGUCCCCCAUGUCCAGCAGCCCACUCAACUUCGAGGACAGCCAGAUGUCCGGAGCGCUGACACCCUCGCCCUUCUUCCAGCACCCCUGCCACGCCAAGGAUGCCAACAAAGCCUUCCACCCCUCCGAGGUGCUGAGCCCCAGCUCGCUUCAUUACCACCCCCCAGACUCUGUCAAGUCCUUCAGCUUCCCUCCAGAUGCUCUGAAAGAUGACAGCCUCCUGAAAUGUGCCCCGGGCAGCCCGUUCCACAAACCUGGAGGGGAGGUGGCCAAAGGGUGCUCGGAUGGGCUGGAUGGGGAGCAGCCUCCACCUCCCUACUCCUCCCAUCACCUGCUGGCCACCUCCCUGAGCAGCGCCAGCCUGGACCAGCUGGACGUGCUGCUGACCUGCAGACAGUGUGACCAGAACUACAGCAACCUGUCGUCCUUCCUGCAGCACCGCCAGUUCUGUGCCUCCCACCCCUCUGCCCAGGCAGAGCCCAGGGAUGCUCCCCGCCCAGCCGAGGGGCGCAAGGUGCUCCCACCAGAGCCCCCCAAACCCCCCAGCCUGGCGCUCUCUCCAGACCCCCAGGGACAUCUGCUGGCACUAAACAAGAGCGAUGACUUCUUGCUGGACGGGGAAGGCAAAAGCGAGGGCAAGGAGGAUGCUCUGAAGGGCGGCCUCUUCCACGGCCUGGCCGCCAGCUCCCUCCCGCUCAGCGCCUCCGACCUGGACAUCGACGAUGCCAAGCUGGACAGCCUGAUCACCGAGGCCCUCAACGGCCUGGGGUACCAGUCUGAUAACCCCGAGAUCGACAGCAGCUUCAUCGACGUCUUCGCUGAUGAGGAGCUGCCGGGCACGAAGGCGGCUGGCAUGGCCCACAAGGCCAAGGAAGGGCUGGCCUCGGAGAGCAAAUCCAAGCAGGCAGCGGAGGAGAAGACAGCAGGAGAGGCCAAGGCUGGCUGUUUGUGUGAAGGUGGGGAGCAGGUGAAGAGAGGGGCAGGAAAGCGGCACCGCCACAAAGGGAGGGUGGCACGGAGGGUGGCACCGCAGGAGCCGGAUCCUGGGCCAGAGGGAGCAGAGAGGACAGCCAGGCUGAGGGCAGGCAGGAAGAACAGCAUCCCACCAGCCAGCACCCCCAGGAAACUCGGCCAAGACCCUGCCAAGAACGAGGUGGGGCCAGGCAUGGCCACCAAGAGCUCCAAGCCACCGCGGUUCUCCAUGAAGGACGUGAGGAAGAGGAAGCCCCGAAGCGGGACGUGGAGCAAGGAGCUCAUCCACAAGAUCGUGCAGCAGAAGAACAAGCUCCACAAGCUGCAGGUGAAGAGCAGCAAGCAGGCCCAGGUGCCCCAGGCCACUGAGAGGCCCCUGGCAGCCACCAAGGAGGGCGGGCUGAGGGAAUACGACUACGUGUCUGACUCAGAUGAGGAGGGGGCAGAGUGCAGCAAGCCCCGGGGCAGGAGGAAGCGUGGCACGAGAUUCAUGGGGAGGAGCAGGUACAGCUUCAGCAAGAAACGCCUGGGCAGGAGUGAGAGGGCCAGAGAGAAAGACCCAGCCUGGAGCUACAGCCGGAAAAGGGACGGUCAGAAAAGGGAGGCACGGGAGGACGGGGAUGUCCCGAGUCAGGAGGAUGCUGAGAAAGAGGAUUGUGCUGCCAGAGCCCGAAGGAGGAGCAGCCACUCAUCUGCUGGCAGCAACCACAGCGUGCCCAGGGAGAUGGGCACGAGCCCACCCUGCGCUGGUGGGGCUGGGGACAAGGGUGGCACCCAGAGGAGGAGGCGCUCGGGCAGCCCAGCCCAUGCACCAAGGACUCCCCUCAGCCCUCCCCAGCACAGCAGCCCAAAGACGAGCCAGGAGAGCAAAGAGGACAUGCCCAGGGGGAGCAGGAGGUUUGGCUCAGCCAGACCUUUGCUGGCAGGCUCCAGGACACGGCCCAGUACUGAACCAGAUGUUGCUGCCAUGGACUGUGCAAAGGAGGAGCCGUCACCGCAGCCCCAGGAAAAGCAAAUGUCCUGCACGGCCACCCCAGGCAAGAGCUCUGCCAGCUUCUCCUCUAAGGAGGGGCUGGAAGAGCCCAGAGGAGCAGCAAAGCUCCUGGGUGAGGCAGGAGAGCCCACCCUGCAGGCUCAGGGCUCUCCUGAGCUCACCAUGGACCACCAGAGGCAGCAGUUUGCCCCUUUCCCAAGCAAAGGGCUGAAGUACCACACAGAGGAAGUGAUUGCUCCACCCCACAGCGAUAACAAGUCGAGUCCUGGCCGUGGGAGUGCCACCUGCUCGGAAGCAGGAAUCAAAUUCACAAAGGGACAGGGGCUCUGUGACGCUCAGAAGGAUUAUCCCAAUCCCACAGCAGCUCCCAGCUACGGGGGGGAUGCAGUGGGAAUGAUGCUGGCUGCCAAGACACCUGAUCCAUAUACCAGCAGUGAAAACUCAUUUUUUGAUCCCAAAGGCCUUCCCGGCCACUACGAGGACAACCUCUUCCCAAAGCCCCCAGCCCUGGGCUCCUCCCACAUGGAUGACAUGUACCUGUGCCGGGAUGACAUCAGCGCCAGCUCCUUCGAGCAGAAACACUCCAGCAUCUCCCCUUUCACCACGGAGAUGCCGCAGGGCAAAGUGUCCUCCCCUCUCGGCUUUGACUCCUCGUCGAUAUUUGGCGAGCUGCCCGUCUCUGAGUUUGAUCCCUACGAGGGCAAGGACGGAUAUGUGACACCCUUCCCCUGUGCCCCCCGCAAGCCGCUGCCCUUCGAGCAGCCCUACCCGCCCUUCCUGCCCGAGAAGGACUGGUCCCUCAUGGAGGACGUGGCUCCCAUGCUGCCAGAAGAUGUGGCUCAGUUCCACAGCCUCUCCGUGGAGAAGCCGCCGGCCAAGAAGUUCCCCGAGGAGCAGGAAGGAGCUGUGCCCAGCAGCCAGCUCUCCCUGCCGCUGCCAGACAGGAUCGCCGAUUACAGCGUGGCUUUCAUGAGCAACAUUUCGGAUGACGAGCUGGAGAUCAAGCGCUUGGUCACGGAGCUGGAAAGCCAACUGCAGAGCAGCAAGCUGGACUCUGAGGUGGCUGUCACCCUCCAGAAACCCGAGCCAAACGUGGCUGCCCAUCUGCAAGCACAGGGCGCCGAGCGGUGCCCAGUGCUGCCGGCAGAGCCAGAGGCAGGCCAGGAGAAAGGGCUGUUUUUGGCAGGUGAGCUGGGCAGAUCGAGCCUCUGCGCUGGGGAGAGGCUGCCAGGGGAGAAGCCAGACGUGGUGGCUGCCCGUGAGGACUACGAGAGACCCAGGGAGCCCUGGGCGUGCCCGCUGGAGCUGGGCUCGCUGGAAACCGGGAUGGGCAUCCCAGCCCCAAUGGCCACAAACCAUUUCUGCUCCAAAGACAGCAGUGAGCAGCUCCAGGGAGCUGAGGCCACCGAGGAAAGAGGCCUCAGGAAGAUGGAAAAUGGGGCUUCUUCCAAAAGUCUACCUGGCUCAAGCAUAACUGACCAAACAGAGGCUCCCAUCUAUACCAGCCCUGUGACAAAAAGCCCUCCUGUUGUCACCAAUUCCGUGUUCCCCGAGACCAUGGGUGCAGCAGAAGUAACCAAAGACCCCCUGCCAUCCCUGCCAUGCCAGUGCAGUGCUGAGGGCUUCCCCGUGCCAGGGAAAGGAGACAUUGAUCCUGCAGAGCUGGAGAAGUUUGAUGCCCAUCUUCCAAACUCUAAACCCCAAUUAGGCUUUCAGCAGGGUCCCGCCCCAGCCUUGGAUCUCGCCUUUUCACCUCAUGUCAAAGAGGUCCCAGAUAUAGAAGAAAAACCCUUGAGCAGGACUGAGCCCCCCAAAACAGUGAAAAAUGCUGUGGAUCUCAAAGGAGGGGGUGGUGGUGGCCCUGGGCUGGUAGAGGAGACGGAGGAGAGGAAGAGUCCCAACACCUAUCAAAGCCCUGCACCCAGUGACAAAGCCUGCAAGCCCAAAGUGCUGCUGUUUGAGAUGCUGAGUGCACCCAAGGAGAGCGACCACCCUUCCCAGGAGAUGAUGGGGGCAUCCCAGGAGGCCUCUGCCAACCCUCUGCAGCAGCUCCAGCUCUUUGUCGCCAGGACGGUGAAGAACAACGAGGAGGAGCUGUUGAUGCCCUGCUUCCCCGGGCUGCUGGCUCCCUGUGCCACCACCCACGUCCAGACAGAGCUCCAGGAGCAGAGCAGUGCUGCCUUGGAAGGAGAAAAUCAGACCCAAGGGGAAGGGGAUCUCCCCACUGGAAGCAGCACUGGAAAUAUCACUGCUCCAGGGACAGAGGUGCUUUCUCCCAGUGGAUGUGAGCAGCUGGAGCUGUUGGAUGCAGAGGGCUCUCACCAUGCAAAACAAUCCACGUCGGCAAAGCCGGAGCUGCACAAUAAUGUAACAGAGCUGCAGCACUUAGCAAAUGAAGCCCCAGAGCCGAGGGACAUUAAUAUCCCUGCAGAUGGUGUUUCCCAGGAGCACGAUGACCUCUCACCACCCAGCAGCACCGCCGUGACCUCGCUGCCAGGGCAGGGGAGGAAAGAUGAUCAGCUCAGGGAAGAGCAGGAGGGAGAUAACAACACAGCGACCUUGGCAUUUAGGAAACAUGAGCAAUCCCACCCCAGCCGUGGUUUGCUCGAGGAAGAAACGCUGGGCAGAGAGGAGGGAGAGAGGCUGGAAAGGAGUUGGGUGGGGAAGGGGGCACAGCACCUGGGCAGAGCUCCCACGAGUCCUGUCAGCCCCUUAGGUCCCUCUGGGGGGGAUCUCCACCAGGAUCACAGCUUGGGGAUGGAGAUAAAAGCCAGCAUGGCCAGUGCAGAUGUUCCCAGAGAAGGGAAUGACAAGUUGUCCCUCAAUGGCUGUGAUUACAUGGGCGAAUCUUCAGCCAGCCUGCUCUCACCAGCCAAAUAUUCCAACCUCAAAUGCUUGCAGAGCAGUGGGGCUGAGGGAGAAGAGGUCCCCAGUUUAGGCACUCAGCUCUCAGAUAAGAAGAAAUACAGCUCCUCCCUGCCUGCAGCACCAAGUUCAUCCAUCACAAAGAGUUGUCCUCCCGAGGCCAGCAGCCAUCACAUCCAUCACACCGUGAGCCCAGCAGAGCAAGGGACAUGGGAAGGGGCACCUGCCUUCCCUCCCUCACUGCAUCCCUGCGGGGCUGUGCCAACGGAAGCGGCCGAGGAGCAUCCUCAUCCUCUCCCUGAUGGUGUUUUGGGUGAACCACCUGGAAGAGAGGGGACAGUGAGCACUCUGCUGCAUGGGGAUGGUCUGGUGGGCUCUGCCUUGGAGAUGGGUGGUCCCCAGGAACCUCCUGGGAAGGACUGUUCUCUUCCCUGCUCGCCGCCUUUCCACCAAAAGGGUGUUGGGAGAGAGAUCCCCGAAAACACCAGUGCUGUGCUGCCAAAUGUUAAAGAAAACCAAGGGUGUGCCAUCACAGACACAGUCAUUAACUCCACCCCUCCAGAGACCCAGGAUUAUCCAACCCAGCCCACAGAGGAUCUUCUGCCCAUGGAUGAAAGGGAGGUCAGCCUGAACCAAGAGAGCAGGCUUGAGAACUGCUCCCAUGUCAGGGAUAAGCAUCAAAGUGAACCAGAGGCUUUGUGCAAUGGUUUUGCUGUUCAGGACAUGUCAGCUGCCGUCAGCAGAGGUCUUACAAGGGUUGGAGAUCUUGGUCCUGCUGAAUUAAAUGGCCAUGAGUUUCCAGGGGCAGCAGAGGUGAGGCUUGGUCUUUCCAAAACCACAGAGAGUGAAGGAAAGAGUUUAAAAGGGGAGAACGCCAAAAGCCAUGGGGCUGCAGAAGCUGGGGGUUGUGUGUUGGACAGUGUGGGCCAAAGAGAGGACUACACACCCAGCAGUACUCCAGACCCAUCCCAAAAUGAGCUCCACAAAGGAAGGAAGCCCAAUGGACUCCCGGUGACCUGUGACAUUUGUUCAGCCACUUUCCGCUCCAAGCCCGGCCUGACCAGGCACAAAGCUGUCAAGCACCAGGUGAAGAAUGGUGGUUUGCCACAGCCCAGCAAGGCUCCCAGGUCCUCUCUGAUUCCUGCACACAAGACAUCAAAAGCAGCCCAAAAAGUGCCCAGGAGGAGCCUGAAGGCAUCAGUCAAAGACAGAACCUGCAGCUCACAGGCGCUGACCUCCACCAUUGAACGCAUUCCCAAGAAAAUACUCCCAGACCUGGAGAAAGAGCCCAGCACGCAGAUGCAGGAGGUGGUGAGCAGGGUGCUCAGCGACCUCAGUGUGAUCUCCUUGGAGAUGUCCCAGGAGCUGCACCACACUCAUGUCCUGCAGAGAGAGGUGAAGGCAAAGGGACCACGCCUGGAGGCGAGGAGAUCGGGAGAGGCAGCGACUGGGAAGGAUUCAGGAUGGCAGACCAGGAAAGGAGAAAAGGGCAGAAGGAGCCAAAGCAAAGAUCUCGGUGAGGAGAACAGCAGUUCUGAGAAGCAGCUCAACAGGAAAGUGAGGCGAAGGAAGGCGAAGGUGUUUCCCAGCAGGAAUGGUCCCUGUGAGCUGGAGAAGAGCACAGGUCCUGCUGCCCUCAGCUCCAGCCUGCCCAGGAUCAUGGAGGGCUUGCAGGAGCCAGAGGGUUGCAUCUCCACAGAGGAGCAAAACAGGACCAGCACAGCCCAACGCUCCCAAAAUGCCGAAGAGUCCUCUGGUGCAGCCGAGCUUGAGGAAGACCUGGGCAGCAGGAUGGGGUCUCUGAAGGAGAUGGUCAGCAAGGAGACAGCCACGGGCAAGGUCACCUGUCCUGGGGAGGUGGAAGAUCCAGAUGCAGUGGAAGACACUCAGGCUUGCAAAAAAUGGAUCAGCGGGUUUGUGGAGCAAGUGGCGAAGGGAUGGGGCAAGGUGGGCACAGAGCAGCAUCGUGGUGCUGAUGGCACAGAGGACAUGGAUGCUGGGACAGGGGACAGUCCGGUGGCAGGCAGUGACACCAGGAACUGGAGUGGUGCCCUGCAGGGUCCCACAGCUCCUGCUGAAGGGGUUUUGCUGCUGGAGAAACAUGAUUUGGGAACCACCCAGGAUGUUCCUGGGCAUGGUGCUCUGCAGAGCUCGCCGGGGACCAGCCCUCCUCCUGCAGAGCCAAAGCGGUGGCUGAAGGCAGAUGUGCCACCAGGCAGAGAGCACUGCGGGGACAGCACAGCCUCCUCAGACCUCCAGGGCUUUUUUGAUGACGAUUCCACCUUCUCCCAGCUGUUCCCCAGGGAUGAGCAGCUUGUCCGGAGGAAGUGCACGCGGGUGUACGGGAAGCGCAGCAAGAAACCCAAACCUGUCCCCGAGGUCAGCCUGCAGCCAGCAGGGGCCAUCGACCUCUUCACCAUCCGCCUGGCCUCUGACCUCAGCGACACCAGCUCCUUCUGUGUCACCAGGGAGGACCCUGGUGACUACGAGACCAUCUCUGUUGACGAUGCCCUGAUGCUGAACAUGUGUCAUGGCAGCAAGGCAAAGAGCGGAGAUGCUGCUCCAGAUGGAUCGAAAAGCAUCGAGCUGAGGUUGGACCAGGAGGUGACUGACCAAGGGAAGGAGGACAUUGACCUGGAGGACAACAUGCUGACCUUCCUGUGCCAAAACAGCCACAUGGACAGCGUCCCCAGCUUGAACAUCUGGGGCAGUCUGGAGAAGGAGGGGGAAAGCCUCUCUGCCGAGGACAUGUUUGAGCCUCUGAUGGACCUUGAGGAUGAGCACUCGCUCCAGGAAGUGAACCCUGAGCCCCCUGACCUGGUAGAGGAAUCCUACAAUGCCAAAGAUAAUGGGGAUUCAGACUCCCCUGAAUUUCACACCAUUGACAUCGAGAUGCUGAAUGCAAAGCUGAAAAUGAGAGACAUGUGCUUCUUCAGCCCCUGUGAGGAUCUUCCUGGCCAAGGUGAGGACAGCACUGUGAGUUUGAAACCAAAGUCGGGCAAGCACAGGAGCAAGCUGGAAGAUGGGAAACUGGGGAAAAACCGCGGGGACAUCACCAUCAAAACCAAAGACAAGCAGUACAAAUGCAAAGUCUGCUUCCAGUGGUUCCUGACGCUGGGGGAGCUGGACUUCCACAAGCUCUCCCACAACCCUUCCCCUCCUCCCACCUGCUACAUGUGCGUCCAGCGCAAAUUCAGCUCGCGGGAGCAGCUGCGGGACCACCUGAAGGAGAAGCACGCCAGGAACAAGGCCGGGCUGUGGGCGUGCGGGAUGUGCCUGAAGGAGAUCUCUGAUGUCUGGAUGUACAACGAGCACCUGCGCGAGCACGCCACGCAGUUCGCGCGCAAGGGGCAGGCGCAGAAGUCGGUGAUGGGCCUGCCCGGCUGCUUUGGCGAGGACAAUGCUGCUGUCACGCACUUCCUCAACACCAUCAUGUGCCGCAAACCCUCCAGGUCCUCCCGGCACGGCGACCCCGGCGGCCGGCACGGGGUCAGCAGAGAGAGCAAGAGCCCCAAGGAGGUGCCCCCUGAGCAGGAGAAGGUGAUGAAAGACCCCGUGGAAAGCAGUGUCAGAGUGAAGCCACCAGCACCCAGCUCGUCCAAAGCAUCCUCCAGCCCGUCUCCAGAGCACACAGCAAAAGGUGAAAGCACCCCAAAAUCUGUCCCCAUGCACCCAGACUGCAAAGAUCCUUCCCGGGACUGCCACCACUGUGGCAAACAGUUCCCCAAACCCUUCAAGCUCCAGCGGCACCUGGUCGUGCACAGCUUGCAGAAGAUUUACUUGUGCCACAAGUGCCCCAUGUUCUACCAGGAGACCAAGGAGCUCCGGAGCCACCUGAGCCAGGAGCACGGCGUGGUGGAGGAGCAGGAGAUCAAGCACACCACCCUGUACGCCUGCGAGCUCUGCGCCGACGUCAUGCACGUCAUCAAGAAGUCCUUCAUCUGCAGCAUGUGCAACUACACCUUCUCCAAGAAGGAGCAGUACGACCGGCACAUGGAGAAGCACCUGGCGGGCAGCAGCAAGACUUUCAAAUUCCGAGGGGUCAUGAGGCCUGGCGCUGCCUGCAGGGAGAAGGUGAAGGAGGACGGAUCUCUCCGGGAGGGAAUGCCACCGAGCAAGAAGCGGAAGGUGGCUCACCAUGGCAGCUCAAUCCUACACAGGUCACCAAUCCACCUGGACCCCACGAGUGACCUUCAGCUGGUAGAAGCUGGAAGCCCCAGCCUGCAGGUUCCCACUGACUCCUUCCCGACAGCACCUGGUGGCCUGGGAGCACCCCAACCCUCUGUGAAAGCAGAAGUCAUGGUGGGUGACUUCUCGGAGCUCCUGGCAGAGAUGGAGAAGUCCCCAUUUGACCCUUUGCCACCACCGCCCUGCCUGUCCCCAUCUCUGCCACCAGCUGCUGCUGGCAGCCCCGAGCUCGGCCACAUCCCUGGCCUGUCCAUCGAGGAGCUGGAGAAAGGAGCCUUUGAUGGGAAACCACUUCCUUUCUUGGACUCGCCUGAGUUUCCCAUGGACCUUGCUGGCUUGGCUUGUCACCAGGCCACCAACCAAAAACUGUCCCCUUCCCUCCUGACACAGAAACAUGGCUGUGCCAAUGCCCAUAAAACAACAAGCACAGGCAGCAAAGAUGAAUACAGGGCCUGUAUCCUGGAAAAUCCCAGCACAGACACCAACGCCGUGGAGGGGAUCCCUUUUCUCCAGCUUGCCAAGAAGGUGUCAGAGCUUCCUUCUCCUAAGGCAGAGUCUCCACAAGCCCCAGACACCCACAAAUGGGGCAGCCCCAAUGAUGCCUCUGCCUGGGAAGGUGCAGCUAAGCCGGCAUCUCCAGAAGGUGCCCACCAGCCCCUGCCCCCAAAGGACAAGUCAGCAUCACCCCCAAUCAACAGAUCUUCCAAAGAUGCAGCGCCACCAAAGAAAACCGUGAGCAGUGAGGCUGCUCCUGGUGUGGGCAGCCCCGAGGAGGCUCAGCAGCCCAUCUCAGGGAAGGAGAAAUCCAUGCCUGAGGCUAAGGACAGUAGCACUAACGCCAAGGACCAAGGUGGCAACCCAGGCAAAUCCAGCAGCCACCAGCCCAGAGAUGAGGUGGCCAGCAACACCACGAGAUACGGCAAGCUUCACCCCAAGAGGAGGAAAGAACACAAGUCCCUGAGCCACCGGAGCAGCUCCGGCUCCCGGGAGAACAUGGAAGGAGACGGGAAGAAGAAGAAAGCCCGGCCACCAUGCCCGGGCAGGAGCGAGAGCACCACAGAGCUCAAACGUGGCAGCUGGAGCAGCGCCGAGGCUCCCACCCCGUCCCCUCCUGGCAGGAGGGACACGCACUGCAGCAAGCUGGCACCCAAGCCCAGAACGGGCCCCCAGCUGAAGAAGAUGGUGCUGGACCCUUACAACCAGAAGAAAGGGGAGCUCCGCCACGCCAACGGGGACGUGAGGCGCAGGAAAGCCAUCCUGGGCAAGAGCCUGCACCAGGUGUUGGCCAAGGGGCCGGCGCCGUCCCCGCGGGGCUCAUGGCACGGCCACCGCGGGGCCAAGGCGGCCGGCCCGGCCAGCUACCGCAGCGCCGAGUCCCAGAACAACCUGCUCAGCCAACUCUUUGGGCAGAAAUUAACCAGCUUUAAAAUUCCUCUAAGGAGAGAUACUUCAGAAUAAUUUAUGGAAGUGACUUAUGGUGAUCCUCAGCUGCUUUCAUGGGGUUUGCAAGGGGAAAAAAAUUAUCAAAGCAUUAAAUUCGUUUGUGUAGCAUGAUUUCUCUGUCUAGCUUAAAUGAACUUGCACUGCAGCCUCUGUGAAAUAGUUUGCUUUGUGUCUACUAAUCUACUUUAAUUCACCUGAUUUAUCAUGCAAAUGCUAGAACUUUGAUGUUGCUGAUGAUUUUCAUGAACUGAAAUUGUAAUCGCUUUGGGCAGACUGAAUCGUCGAGAGCAAUUGCUUUAUUGCAGAAGUGCUGAGGUUAUAAGGAUACUUGCAAAUCUCAGACCCUUUUGAGUCUGUGUCUGUGUUAUCUUUGUACAAAGUACUUGAAGAGAUGAACUUCAUUCCGUAGACGUCUUAUUCAUAAGGUGCAGUACACUGUAGAAAGCAAAUUUUUUUUUUUUUUUUUUUUUGUGGAAGAUUUUGCACAAAUAAUCCCGUACAAUUCAUUUAAUUGGGAGCUGGCCUGAGCGAUGAUACAAUUAAAAAAUUAAAUUAAGACCCAAGUGUCCUAUAUUUUGACAGCCAUCCCCAAGAAUUUUGUUUCUACAUCGUCAAGAGAAGGACAACCCAGCCCUGGGGUUCUGGGGCUGUCGGAGCCCUCCAGAGGAUGCUGCCACUCUUUGACCACUGUAGACGAUGGGACUGGAGGAGAAGCGUCCCCGCGAGCAAACUGCACCUUGACACUUGUGACAAACUCUGAUUUUUUAGGGUUUUUGGGGGUUUUUGUGUGUGUGUGUGUGUGUAAGCGUGUGUGUGUUUUUUUCUUUUUGUUUGUGGGGGGUUUUUUUUUGUGCAACGAGAAAACUGUGCCAAUUUACCGCAGCAAAAACCGGUACUGUCCGAGUGCCCUCAACGGUAUCACUUCUAAACUCUCUUACUGUAUUGACGUAGUGGCUCUAUAGGUAUCCGCUUGUACUAUGCAGUUACUGGUGCUAUUCUUCAUUUGUAAUGUGAAUACAGACUUCCUUGAUUGAAAAAAAAAAAAUGGGGAAUUGGUAGGGAGAAGCGAUUAUCUGUCAAAAAAAUGGAGCAGGAAAAGAGAACUUUAAAAAAAAAAGGCCAAUUCAAAGGGGAAAACAUUCAGCCUUAGGGAGAAAAAUUAACUUUAGGGGGAAAAUCCAACCCGGGGGAAGAAAUACAACUUAGGGGGAAAAAACACAAUUUUAGGGAAAAAACACAACUUUAGGGAAAAAGCUCCUCUAUGCUGGUACUCCAUAGUGUCAAAAAUGUUACGUCACAUUAAACGAGCACGUUCUACAACAAAACUUUUGGAUCCAGAAAGAAAUCUCAGGUGCAAAUGAGGACAUGGAAA